AUAGUAAUACAAAAAGAAGCCAGAGAAUUCUCGCUGGUUUUUUUUCACUUUUUCAUCAAUCAACAGAACAGCUCUCCUACUCAAAAAAAGAAAAAAAACAACAGGACAGCUCAUUCAUGCUCGCAUCGAUCUCUGCGUACUCCUCUAACCCAUAUCCGCGCCUAUUUCAUCCAUCUCCAUAUGCAACCUCAGAUCCUUCCUAUAUCUUCUUCUUCCUCCUCCUCUUCCUCUUCUUCGUUAGUUUCUGUAACGAUGCCCGCGGCGACGGCCACGACGGCAACCAUGGUGUUAAGAGGGGAGGAAGAUCAAAGACGUCUUUCCUUCCUCUCUUCUUCGUCAUUUGAAGAUGAGAAGAAUGUUGAAAAGAGACCCUUUCUUUUUCGGAAUUCUAGUUAUACAACUAACGGCACCGUUAACCAACUACACCAACAGCAGCAAAGGAGGCGGAGAGUUGGAAGCGACACUUCUCUUCCUUCUCUUUCAACAACCAGGCGACAACACUCUUUUAGAGACGACGUCACCCACGCCGCUUCCGAGACAUUUUUGCUUACUCGCCUUACUUUCAUUCUCUUGCGUUAUCUGGGGGUAGGCUACAGGUGGAUCACAAGAUUUCUUGCCCUUAGUUGUUAUGCUAUGCUGCUUAUGCCGGGUUUUAUUCAAGUUGGAUAUUACUAUUUCUUCUCAAGUCAGGUUCGCAGGAGUAUAGUUUAUGGAGAUCAACCAAGAAAUAGGCUUGAUCUAUAUUUACCCAAAAAUACAAAUCGGCCAAAGCCAGUUGUAGCAUUUGUUACAGGUGGAGCCUGGAUUAUUGGGUACAAAGCAUGGGGCUCUCUUUUAGGAAAGCAGUUAGCAGAAAGAGACAUUAUAGUGGCAUGUAUAGAUUACAGGAAUUUUCCUCAGGGGACUAUUAGUGACAUGGUGAAAGAUACUUCUCAAGGGAUCUCAUUUAUAUGCAACAAUAUUGCUGAAUAUGGAGGUGACCCUGAUAGGAUUUAUCUAAUGGGGCAAUCAGCUGGUGCACACAUUGCUGCCUGUGCUCUAUUGGAACAAGCAAUUAAAGAAGCUGGAGGAGAGAGAAUUUCCUGGAGUGUUUCCCAAAUAAAAGCUUAUUUUGGUUUGUCUGGAGGCUACAACUUGUUUGAUCUCAUUGAUCACUUCCAUAGACGAGGCCUAUACCGUUCCAUCUUUCUCAGCAUAAUGGAAGGGGAGCAAUACCUGCGGCGAGUUUCUCCUGAAGUAAUGGUGCAGGACCCAAAUCUUAAAACUGCAGUUUCUCUCCUUCCUCGUGUUAUUCUUUUCCAUGGAACUGCAGAUUAUUCCAUACCAUCGAAUUUCAGCAAAACCUUUGUGGAGACUCUUCAGAUAGUUGGAGGUCAAGCUGAACUAAUUUUGUAUGAAGGAAAAACACACACAGAUUUGUUUCUUCAGGAUCCUAUGAGAGGUGGGAAAGACGAGUUGCUCGAAAAUAUAAUUGCUGUUAUUCACGCGGGUGAUGCAGAUACCCUGGCUAAAGAUGCAGCUGCACCUCCAAGUAGACGCCUUGUUCCUGAAUGCAUGUUGCAGUUGGCUCGUAGAAUCAGCCCCUUUUAGGUUUUGGCAUUUCGAUUUCAAGGGUUAUUGCAGACUGCCUACUCAAAAGCACUUAGUGAUAUUGUUACCAGGAAGUAAACAACAAGUUUAUGCAAGUCUUUGGUACCUCAAGAAAUGUGAGAUGGAUGCCUAAUUUUGUUUUUUUAGUGGUAUUUUCAUGAGUCUCAUCAUGUUUUGCAUGAUAUAUGAUAUAUCCAAGAGUUGCAUAAACUCCUUGUUUGCUUAAACUCCUCUAUUGUUGUAUAUAAUGCUAGAUGAUACAUUCUAUAUAUAUAAAUUUUCAUUCUUAGGUGUCUUCA